CCACCCACAGCUCUUGCAGUGUACCAAAACGAGCCGACCAAAUGCCCGCUCUCCAGGCUCUUCUUCCACUCCCUGACCGACGAGCUGGCCGCCAAGAUGCAGCACAUCCGGACGCGCAUCCGCGAGGUCGUGCACCUGGGCAACUCCGCCGUGCCUGUCAUGUCAUUUCCGCCAUCUCCACCAUCUCCAUCGCCUGCCCACGCGGGAUCGGCGCGGCCGCCUCAUGAGUUCCGCACAACGUCGGGCGAGACUGCCCACCUGGGCUCCACGGCGCACCUGCCGCCAUCGCCACCGUGUUCUGCCCACUUUCUCCCCAUCCUCUCCUUCGUUCUACUCGGCAUCUACCCCUCUACCAGCGCAGCGCACGAGCCAGGAGUUUGCGCGAGUCUAUAUAGCACAGCAAGAUGCUCGUUCCACCCGCAAUCCUCACGCCCGGCGACCUCCAGUAAGCGCACUCUGACUCCAACCUCCAAGAUCAUCGCACUCAUCGUACCCCUCUACUCGCCCGCCUACCCUCGCUUGUACGCAUCUUCGGUCGCCUGCACGACUGAAGGACCCCGAGCGAGUCUGCCUAAUACCCGAGGCCACUCCGCCAGUGGCUCAACCAGUCGCUCCUAAAGACGGGCAGCCCAUCUGCGCUCAUCUCACCACAUCCAAAGGGUGCGCCUCUCAUCCUCUAUUCGAUCGAGAGAUGGGGGAGAUUCACUCCGAUGCAGUCCCCCCGCCGCCGACGGACAUCGAGGCGUCCAAGCGCCUCUGCGUGGACGGCCGUGGACCGGCUUUGUGAAGCCGCAUGACAAGGUGCGUCGUGCCCGUCUGUAGGCCUCCUGGUCUCUGACGAGGGCAGGUCAUUGGCAUUGGCUCUGGCAUUGCCCUACGUGGUCGAACGUAUAGUCGCGCAAGGAGCGGCUCGCAACAAGGACCGCGUGUUCAUCCAGGCGAGCUUCCAGUCCAAGGAGCUCAUCGUGAGCGCGCAGCUGUUGCCCGGCGGCAUCGACCAGUACCCUGU